AGGAAUACAAACUUCAUAGUAGUAUAUGCUAUAUAGUACUGCUAGUAAGAAAUAGCUUACCAGUUGUAGUACGUUCCACACUUCCAGCGAUGGAGCAAUCGGCGGCGACCGCCUUCACCAAGUGCGUCGUGGGGAAGCUCCUGGAGGUGCUCGACACGAGGUACAAGAUGCUCAGGGACCUAAGCCACGAGAGCGCCUCCAUGCAGAACGACCUCCUCCUCCUCGCGGCGUUCAUGGACGACCAGCUCCGGCGGUCGUCGUCAUCGCCGGCGGCGGAGAGGCCGACCGCCGUGCUGAGGGCGUACACCGAGCUCAUGCGCGAGCUGACGCACGACAUGGAGGACUCCAUCGAGCGCUUCCUCCACCGCGUCGCGCCGCGCGACGACCACGGCGGCGCCGGCGCGCCCAGCUGGCCCCGCCGCGCCGCGCGGUGGGUGGCCACGCUCCGCACCCGCCUCCGGUUCGCCGCCGAGAUCCGGAAGCUGAAGACGCGCCUGGAAGAUGAGACCAAACGCCUGAGGAACGCCGUCGAGGCCGCUGCCGCCGCCGGCGGCGGUGGCCAUUCCUCUGCCACGCCGGCGCUGGCGGCGGCAGCUCCCCGCGGCGGUCACGUGGAGCCGAACCCGGUGGGCAUGGAGAAGCCUAUCGAGCAUCUCGUCCAGCUGCUAGAUGAGGCCGGUGCCGGCGGCGGGCCGCAGCAGCUGCGGGUGAUCGCCAUCGUCGGGUUCCGAGGAUCGGGGAAGACCACCCUCGCACGGGCGGUGUACAGUCGGUCCGGCCGCCAGUUCCGCGAGCGCGCAUGGGUCGACGCGUCCAGGUGGACGGACGUCGGCGACCUUCUCGCCGACAUAGUCCGGCAGGUGUGCCUCGGAGAAUAUGAUGUUAGCGAAUCUCACGAGGAGAAUCUUCGAAACCGUCUCAAGAACAAGCGGUAUCUAAUUGUUCUUGACGACAUCAGCAUGGAGCAGUGGAAUGCCAUAGAAUCGAUAUUUGAGAACAAUGGUAGAGGCAGCAGGGUAAUCGUGACGACGGCCAUCCUCUCGGUCGCCAACAGUUGCACGGCCUACAAGUCCGGAGCCAACGGCGGAUGCUGCAUCCGUCGCCAUGGCUGCGUCUACAAGAUGCAGACUCUCGGAGAAGCGCACGCCAAGGAGCUCGCCCUCGGCGGCGGCAGCGAUCAGCGACCGCCGGAGCUGGAGCACGGCUCGGCGACGCUUAUGGCGAAGUGCGACGGCCUCCCGCUCGCCCUCGUCAGCGUCGCCAACCACCUGCGGUGCCUGGGCAAUCUCACGGGGCGGCACUGCGCCGACCUGUGCCACCUCCUCGGCUCCCUCCUGCUCGACGAGCGCAACGUCCCGAGGCUCGCCGGGACGGCCGCCGCCGCCGACAGCUUCGCGAGGCUCCGCCGGGUUCUGAUGGACAGCUACGCGGGCCUCCCUGACUACGCCGCCAGGACCUGCCUGCUGUACCUGGCCGUCUUCCCCAACGACGGCCGCCGCCUCAAGAGGAGCGUGCUCGUCCGGCGGUGGCUGGCCGAAGGGUACGCGCGCGGCGGCGAGGACGUGCUUGGCAACAGCACCGACGUGGACGUCGCCGACGGCCACUUCAGGUCGUUCGUCGACCAGAGCAUCAUCGUCGCCCACCCUGCCGACGACGACGACGACGACGACCACCGCACGAGGAGGUGCAGGACUCACGGCAUCGUGCACGAGUUCGUCCUGCACAAGUCCAUCGCCGAGAGCUUCAUCUUCUCCUCCCGUGCUCCUCCGAGGCGCAAGAGAGUCCGCCACCUCUCCAUCCAAGGCGGCGGCGGGAACACCACGACGGCGGCGCUGAGCACGACGGACCUGUCUUGCGUCCGCUCGCUGACCGUCUUCGGAGAUGGCGGCGACGCCGUCUCCAACCUCCGAAAGUGCAAGCUCCUCAGAGUCCUUGACCUCGAGCAGUGCACCACUGCUCUGAGCGACGAUCACCUCGCUGACAUCUGCAAGCUCUGGAACCUAAGAUACCUAAGCAUAGGGAUGAGCAGCAAUGUCACCAUGCUGCCAGACAAUAUCCGAAGGCUGAAACUCUUGGAGACGAUCCAUCUCAGCAAGACCAAGGUGACAAUGCUGCCACUACAAGUCGUCGGCCUGCCAUGCCUAGCUCACCUGGUCGGAAAGUUCAAGCUUCUCCUCCCAGAUCAACGUGGGAAGAAGACGGUGGUGAUCAGCAACGAGCUCGAGAAGCUCGCGAAGAAGAGCAACCUCCAGACGCUCGCCGGCUUCGUCGCCGACGAGAGCCAGCAAGCGUUUCCGCAGCUGAUGAGGCACAUGAGGAAGCUGAUCAAGGUCAAGAUAUGGUGCGAGUUCGGAGGAGAAGAAUCCGACAGUGUCUCGACGACGGCGACGGAUCACCUCGCCGACGCUAUCAGGAGCUACAUCGAGGCACCCAAGGUUGAAGAGACCGACGCACGCUCGCUGUCAAUCGACAUGGAGCAAUGCUCGAAGCAGCUGAUCAGGUCAUGUCAUGGAGAGAGUAAGCUCCUGCACUCCCUGAAGCCUCCAUGCCGCAGCUACCUCACCUCGCUGAAGCUUCAUGGCGACCUGUUCCGGCUGCACGGGCUCAUCUCCAUGCUCAAGAACCUCUACGAGCUCUGCCUCUCGUCGACGACGACGACCCUGACCAGGGAUCUCGUAUCAGCCAUCGGCGGAUUGCCUCUUCUUCUUCGCCUCAAGCUGGUGGCGAAUCACAUCGAGCAUUUCGCCAUAGGAGCCGGGGAGUUCAGAAGCUUGCAACACCUGCUCCUCGUGGUGCAUCGUCAGAAUCCCAUCCUGCUGCCAAAGAUCGAGGAGGGAGCACUGCCUCAGCUCGUCUCUCUCGAGCUGCUCUGCAAGCAUCUGCGCGGCCUCUCCGGGAUCCAGAUCAGACACCUCCAGCGUCUCAAGGAGGUCGCACUCGAUUCUCGAGUGAGCGAGGGCACGAAGCGAGAGUGGGAGGCAGAGGCCAGGAGGCAUCCGAACAGGCCCAGCAUCUUGCUCCUGAAGAACAGUUACAGUACUGUCCUGCCUGACGACACUGACAGAUUGGAUGAUCAGAUGGACGGGGAGCUUGCUCGGGAGAAAUCUGCACCUGAUGAUGAUGCUGGCAACCAGGAGCAGAUUGCGGAGGUGGAAUCAGAAAGCAGUGCAUUUCAAUUGGCGAAUUCCACUAUGAAUAAUUCAGUCGCUGGAAAGGAAUCAACAGCUGAUGAUGCUGAUGAAGAAGGAUUGGGAAGCACUAAUGCAGUGCCCAUGGAGCAGAUAAAUUCUACUGGCUCCAUCAAUGAGACCGAGGUCUCCAAUAGAGGGAAAUUCACAAUGUCAUAUUUUGAGGACUGCUGUCCCUACCAUGAGGACUAGAGACUUGUAGUACCUAAAUGCUACAAAGAAUACUACAGUUUCGUGACACAACGGAAUGCUACUGUAGUACCUCCGAAUAUUUGACGCCAUUGACUUUUUUAAAUAUAUUUGACCAUUCAUCUUAUUCAAAAACUUUUGUGAAAUAUGUAAAACUAUAUAUAUAUACAUAAAAAUAUAUUUAACAAUAAAUCAAAUGAUAGAAAAAAAUUAAUAAUUACUUAUAUUUUUUUUAAUAAGACGAACGGUCAGCAUAUUUAAAAAAGUCAACUACGUCAAAUAUUUUGGGACGGAAGGAGUAUUAUGGUGUGGGUUUCAGACUUUUUAGUUGUUUCUCAAGAUAUGCAUCAUUCCAUACUGCGGCUAUAUGCAUGGUUUGAGUUUUAGCUAUUCCUUCAAGUAUUCUAUUUACCCUGGUCAUGUGUUAAUAAGGCUACAUAUGUUACUCACGAUUUGUAAAUUAAACAGGUUUAGUCCUUCCUCAGUAUAAUAUCCAUGCAUAUUCCAUUGUUCUUCAAA